GGCCAAACAAAUCUUCGGAAACCCCGCCAGGAAAUUGAGUUAGUCGACAAUAAUAACAUUGUUGUUUUUACAGUGGUUCUGCACCAACAAAUUAUAUCGUUUUGACACAACACUUAAACAUAUUCAGGAACAUAUGAUUAUGUCGAUCUUGAACAUUUUCCGACGACCAAAUGCAGGAUGGAGGCUGAAGCUUAUGGCUAUUGGAAAUAUUGUGGCAAUGGUCUACUUUAUCACUAUGACUGGGAUAUGUGUUUAUUUGAGCCUGUUUGAGAUAGUUCCUCUAGCAUAUGGCAAAACACCAGAAACAGUCUACAAACACUAUGGAUUCAUACUCUUUAUUUUCCUCAAUGUGCUAGGGAACUUUCUCAUGACGUUUACAACUGACACCACUGUUCAGAGGAUGUACAAUCAACGAUUAACGAGAAAGGAUACAAAACUGGUUGAAAAAUUGACAGAUGAAUGUGCCAUUUGUUCUAUUAAACCACCACCUAGAAGCCACCACUGCCCACUCUGUGAUAGAUGUGUUCUGAAGCGUGACCAUCACUGCUUUUUUAUCACAACCUGUAUCGGCUAUCACAAUCAAAAGUACUUCAUCCUCUAUUGUUUUUAUAUGAUGCUUGGUACAUUCUAUGCUGUCAUUCUCAUCAAUGUACACAUGACCAUACUGUAUAAAGUGCGAAUUGCUGGGCCAUUAAGUUUCAUUACUCUUUUACCAUUAACACUAGUGAAAUAUUGGACGAGUAACAAUGUACCACUUUUCCUAUUAUUCCUUGUUCUAAUGCUGUAUGUUUCAUUAUUUGCUGGACUAUUCACUGCAGCUGUUUUCUACUGGCAAAUGACAAUCACCAUAUUUGGGCAAACUCAACAUGAACUGUGGCAUGGAAUCAACAAAUAUGGAAGUAAAAGUAUGUGGAAGAAUUUCAAAGAUGUGUUUGGUUCAUAUUGGUUUAUAUCUGUGGUUUUCCCUAUACCCUUACCACAAGAAGGAGCUGGAGUUUACAGGGUAAAGGAAAAAUCUUCAAAAGAUGAAGAAUCUCAAGCUAGUGCAACAACAGGUGACCGUGUUGGCCGUAAGCCUAUUACGCACAAAAAGAAAAUACUCAAGAAAAUGAACUGAACCCGUUUUUCUGACUGUAAUUCUAAAGAUAAGCACGGAAAGUGACAAUAAAUGGUUCAACGUAGUAUACCUACUGAACUACAGAGCUUGAUUGAACAGAAUCUGAUUAUUGGUCGAUCAGUUGUACCUGAACAGAGACCAAAGCUUAGUUCACACCAACGCCGCUUUGAUGGCGACUUAAAGCGGCGUGUCUACGGCAACCAUGUGUCAUGAACAAAUGUAAACAUGUAUUAUUGUAAAUUGUAUGCAUGUGUCAGAUUUAGAUCUUCAAAUCUAAUUUAAAUACAUUAUUUCGUUUAAAUAAAUUAAUUAAAAGGCGUCUACUGAUUCGAAUUCUGUAUGUUAAAACUAUUAACAUUGAAAAGGUUGCAGAGUUGAAAACAAGCUAUAGUAUUAUUAAGCACAUCCAAAGAAAUUUCUCUAAAUAGGG